AUGGAGAUUUCGAAGGAGAAUUUCGUAUUGCAAAAAGUAUCGAUACAAAGUCUAAUUUGCCAAAAUUCAUGGGUAAAGAACGAGUCGAGGACGUCCUUCCUAAAAAGUUGUUUAAAGAGUAACAACCCACAAGGUCUUUUGCAUUUCGGAAUGAUGCAAUAUUUUGCUGGAAUGAAGCUCGAGAAAGGUUUAUUCAAAAUAGAAAAUGCAGCAAAAUACGAAAUUAAAGAAGCUAGUUAUAUUUUGGGCCUUGUUUUACUUUGUAGUGGAGAAGAAAACAACGUAAAUAGGGGGAUGACUUUGCUCACAAGCAUAAUGAAAGAGUUAAAAGGAAAAGGAAUUGUGAAAUGUAGAAAGAAAUUGCGAGACUUCUUACAUUCAAUAUGGUUUAAAAAUAAUCUUAUUUCUAACAAUAAACCACAUAUCGCGUGCCCUGAACAACAUCAAGGGAAAAUUUUGAGUAAUUGGGAUGUUGGUUAUUACUACGAUGAAGAUUACGAAGAUAAUAUAGUUUGUGAUUUCUGUAAGUGCGCACGUGAAAUCGAGUUAUUCUACCAAAUGUUGCCUAGUGUUGUUUGA